GAUCGGAGGAGCUGUACUGAUGAUGUGCAGCAACUAAGACCGAGCGUCUCGAGUUUUAACAGAAUACCACCAUCUGCAAACAGAUGAGCGUCUGAAAUGCCCUUGCUCGCACUGAUGUAUUCGGUUACUACAUCCUUAACUUUACUGUUUUCUCUGCGCGUAAUCGAGAUCAUCUGUCCGGAGUCGACAUUUACUGCUCCAGUAACGGAUUGAUCCAAAUUUCUCAUUCCCAUUUUACGGCAUGACAUGUAGAUAAUCAUCCGAUACUUUUGAUGGGGCUCCUGAGGAUCAUGAUGCCACCCAAGUUCCAGCUGCUGGCCGUUAUGGCGUUUGGAGUGGCGAUGCUGUUUCUUGAGAACCAGAUUCAGAAGCUGGAAGAGUCUCGGGCAAAGCUGGAGCGCACCAUGGCCAGACACGAGGUGCGAGAGGUGGAGCAGAGACAGACACGGGACGGCUUGCGGGACUCUCCUGCAUUGCCUGAGAUUGAGGAUCUGAUCAUCAUCUAUAACCGUGUGCCCAAGACUGCCAGCACCUCCUUCACCAACAUUGCAUAUGACCUGUGCGGAAAGAACCGUUUCCAUGUUCUCCACAUCAACACCACCAAGAAUAAUCCGGUCAUGUCCCUGCAGGAUCAGAUGAGGUUUGUAAGGAAUGUGACAUCCUGGCGAGAAAUGAAACCAGGUUUCUACCAUGGCCAUGUCUCCUACCUGGACUUCACGAAGUUUGGAGUGGAGGGGAAGCCGGUUUACAUCAACAUUGUACGAGACCCUAUCGAGAGGUUGGUGUCUUACUACUACUUUCUCCGAUUUGGAGAUGAUUAUCGGCCAGGUCUCAGGCGGAGAAAGCAGGGGGACAAAAAGACAUUUGAUGAGUGUGUGUCAUCAGGAGGGUCUGAUUGUGCUCCUGAGAAGCUUUGGUUACAGAUCCCGUUCUUCUGCGGCCAUUACUCUGAGUGCUGGAAUGUUGGCAGUAGCUGGGCUCUCGAGCAGGCCAAGUAUAAUUUGGUGAAUGAGUAUCUGCUUGUGGGAGUGACUGAGGAGCUGGAGGAUUUUAUCAUGAUGCUCGAGGCAGCCCUACCACGUUUCUUUAGAGGAGCAACUGAGCUAUACCGCACAGGCAAGAAGUCUCACCUGAGGAAAACGAGCGAGAAGAAACCUCCCACUAAAGAGUCCAUCUCAAAGCUGCAGCAGUCCAACAUAUGGAAGAUGGAGAACGAGUUCUAUGAGUUUGCACUGGAACAGUUUCAGUUUGUGCGCGCUCACAGCGUCAGGGAAAAAGACGGCGAGCUUUACCUGCUGGCUCAGAACUUCUUUUAUGAGAAAAUCUAUCCAAAAGUAAACUAGAGUUGACAUUAGCAUGGCCCAACUGUCAUUUGGCCUGUCCAU